CCUGGAUACCUAGGUAGUCACCUAGGUUUGGACUCCAAAGGAGAGCACCAGCUAUGGCCGCAAGGCUCGCUCGUUGUUUACACACAGUUCUGAGAUGUGUUGAGGCCUGCGGUUUGUCGACGCUCGACAGACCUCAAGUCAGCUCAUGCCCGCGCAAGCCUGUAGCGAAAGCGGUGUGCGAUAUGACCGCCAAGUCCAUCAGCUUCCGCUCCAAACCAUCCUCCAAUCUCCAGCAGGCCCACCUCGCAUCAUAUCCCAACCGAUCCCCUGCGCUAAUUCGCGAUGGGGAUGAUGUUGACUUAUAGUGCCCAGA